UCGGCGCUCGCCGCUGCUCAGCAGAGCCGUACGCACCAGUGGUGGCCAAACCUCCGCCAGGGCGACCGAGCAAACCACGGCGAGCCCUCAUCGCGACCCAUCUCGUCCUCCCCGUGCUUUCGCUGUCGGCCAUGUCGAGGGCCAGAUCGAUCCUGGAGCGAGCCCGCAACGGCCGUCCAUGCACCCUCCCUCGAGCGUGGUCUGCCGUCUCGCGCCGCCAUAUGUGUGAAACCAUUGCCUCUCCGGGGGGUGCACGACUGCUAUCUACGGCGCCGCGAUGCCUUCACCAGGCGUCCACCACGUCUUCUGUAGAUCCCACAGAAGUCAAUCACUUUAACGCGCUCGCCUCCGCGUGGUGGGAUCCCCAUGGCUCGUCCCGUCUGCUCCAUCUGAUGAACCCAAUGCGUCAUCAGUUCAUCAAACAAUGCAUUGCCUCCCAAGCGGAUGCCCAACCAGCAGGCCAAAAGCUCCACUAUCUCGAUAUCGGGUGCGGAGGUGGCAUCUUCGCUGAAAGUGCCGCCAGACUCCCCAACACCGCCACCGUCACCGCCAUUGACCCGACGCCCGAAGUGUUCAACGUCGCGGAAGCACACAAGAGACGGGAUCCGAUGCUUUGCCAGAGCGGCAAGUUGACUUACUACAAUAUUGGCAUUGAAGAUCUUCCCGUGCAUUCGAACGGCAAUGGUUACGACGUCGUCUCUGUCUUCGAGGUCAUCGAACACGUCACGAAUCCGUCGCAGUUCCUCCAGACCGUGCUUCCGCACGUCAAGCCCGGUGGUUGGUUGAUCAUGAGCACGAUUGCCAGGACGUGGACGAGCUGGUUCAUCACGAAUGUGAUGGCUGAGGAUAUCCUGGGCAUUGUGCCAAAGGGGACGCACGAUUGGAACAAGUACCUCAACGAGAACGAAUUAAGGGACUGGUUUACGAAAAGGGAGGGCUGGGAGAGCCCAAGGGCAAUGGGUGUGCUGUACGUGCCGGGUCUUGGAUGGAAAGAUGUUCCAAGAGGAGAGGAGUACGGCAACUACUUCUUCGGCGUUAGGAAAAGCCCACUUUGAUGAGUCGUAGCUAUUGCUAGCGCACAGGUCAUUCUACCUCUUCAGCGACCAAACGUAGUGCGUCGGGCCCAUUCCGGCGACCUUGCGAUUCUGUCGUCAUUGUCCAGCUCGACGUUCCGCAUUAGCUGUGGUCUCCCUAGACCUUUGGGGUCAAUGGGCAAGCUCGCCGUCGAUGAUUUUGCACACAUUUUACCUCCGUUCGGACGCGGAGUGGUCCAGAAGAAUAUUUCUUCCCGUAGUCUCUCUGGCAAGAUCGAUCGCACCAAAUUCGUUGACUGGACGCUCGAGCAGGACUCUGCCUCAGGGGCCUUGUGCUUGCAAGGCGUCUUUCGCUCUGCACGCAACGCAGGGCGCUCAACGUUUUCAAGUGUUAUAUUAGGUCGUAGAGGAAACGCUUGUGGGAUCAUCAUGGGUGGUGGCGUAGGGUAUCUCGUUGAGCUCCCGGGAUGAAUGGGUUGCAACAGGAUCGGUGGCUGAAGAACUGUUGUAGACGACUCGUCAAUAGCGAUCACGCCUUGCAAGAGCUGCAUGAUCUUUUUCCUCAAUCCUUUCCUCUUCGGCAUCAUAAAUCAAAGGCGAGAUUCCAAAGUCUUUGUCAAGUUCUUGCUUUUCAGCCACGACAAAGUUGUCGGCUUUGCUGCUCUGCUUCUUUUCUCCAUCGUUUUUAGUCUCACUCUUUUCCGGUUUCUGUGUGACCUGCGCUCGAUGUGACUAGCUACAUAAAUCUCAGCAUCUGCCAGCAUUCUACCUCCUUCAGGCUGGCGCAUUUGACGAGGUCAAAUCGGAGCCGAACUGGGGAAUAUAGUUCCUACGGAAGGCAUUU